AUGUCCAUGACACCAGGCUCGAAAUCCAGGUCGUCCACCCCGACUGUUUUCGAACAGCAGCGGGAGGAACUGGUGAGAGAGAUCGCCGUGGGUAUGGAACAAGUCCUGCAAAACAUCAACCGAUUAAACCGAAACCUUGAAAGUAUCGUUGCAGUGGGCAAUGAGUUUAGCUCCGUCGAAGCUCUCUGGUCUCAAUUUGAGAACUUCAUGGGACGCCCAGAGGAAGAGAAGGCGGAGAGUGGUGUGAAGAAAGAGGAGCUUCAUGAAGACCAUACCGAACUGCAUGAGCAGGAACUCGCCGAUGAAAGGAGCGAGUUAGACGGUUAA